AUGGCAAAUUUCGCAUUGGCAGUGAACUUGGUCACAUAUUUCAAUUCGGUGAUGCAUUAUGACAUAGCCGACGCAGCAAACCACCUCACCAACUUCAUGGGAACCGGUUAUAUUCUUUCCAUCCUUAUGGCUGUUUUUGCUGAUGCCUAUAUUGGUCGAUUCAGAACUGUUCUUAUCGCAGCAUUUGUAGAAUUUCUGGGACUUGCACUCCUCACAUUACAAGCUCACUAUCCAAAAUUUCAACCACCCCUUUGCAACAUCUUUCUGCCAACGUCAAACUGUGAGAAACUGAGUGGAGGAAACGCUGUGAUGCUGUUCUCUGCGAUCUACCUGCUGGCUGUUGGUGCUGCGGGUGUAAAAGCUGCAUUGCCAUCACAUGGUGCAGACCAGUUUGAAGAAAAAGACCCUAAAGAAGCUACAACGAUGUCAACCUUCUUUAACUGGUUGCUUCUAGCUGUUGUAUUGGGGGGUUCAGUUAGCUUAACUUGCUUUGUUUGGGUUCAAGACAACAAAGGUUUUGACUAUGGAUUCGGGCUUUCUAUGAUUGCCAUGUUCGUGGGUGGGAUCAUCUUGAUUUGUGGAUUACCGUGGUAUCGUAUAUAUGUUGUGCAAGGAAGCAGUGCCAUUACUGAAAUCAUACAGGUUUAUGUUGCAGCGAUUAGAAAUAGUAACCUCCAACUUCCUGAGGAUCCUUCUGAACUAUAUGAAGUCCCAAUGGACAAAGAAGCUGGCCUUCAUGAAGAAUUCUUACCUCACAGAGAUGUUUACAGGUGGCUGGAUAAAGCAGCGAUCCGAUCUGACAACACAGGUUCAAGUCCAUGGAAACUUUGCAGAGUUACACAAGUUGAAAAUGCGAAAAUCUUACUAGCAAUGGUUCCAGUAUUCUUGUGUAGCAUUAUUAUGACACUUUGCUUAGCCCAACUCCAAACGUUCUCAGUUCAACAAGGAGUCACCAUGGACAUCAAGCUCACAAAAUCGUUUAAUAUGCCACCCGCGUCCCUCCCAAUUAUUCCUGUGGCUUUCCUAGUUGUUUUAAUUCCAAUUUAUGACAAAAUCAUUGUACCAUUACUACGCAAAUUUACUGGAAUCCCCACAGGGAUAACUUACUUGCAAAGAGUAGGAGUAGGCCUUAUCCUCUCUUCAGUAUCCAUGGCAAUCGCAGGGAUUAUGGAAGUGAAACGAAAAGACGUAGCUAAAGACCACAACAUGCUGGACGCAAUUCCUGUGCUUCAACCACUGCCCAUUAGCGUCUUCUGGUUAUCAUUCCAAUAUUUUGUUUUUGGUAUUGCUGAUAUGUUCACGUAUGUGGGACUACUUGAGUUUUUCUACUCUCAAGCACCAAAGUCUAUCAAAUCAAUUUCUUCUUGCUUUCUUUGGAGCUCAAUGGCAAUCGGGUAUUUCGUGAGUAGUAUCAUGGUGAAGAUUGUUAACCACGCGACUAAAGCUGGGACAAAAAGUGGAGGCUGGUUGGCUGGGAACAACAUAAAUAGGAAUCAUUUGGAAUUGUUCUACUGGCUGCUUGCUAUAUUGAGUUUGAUCAAUUUCAUAGUCUAUCUGUUUGUUGCAAUGAGGUACAAGUAUAGACCACAGAGUCUUGAUAGUGAGGAUGAGCAUUAUCGUGAGGUACAUCAGUUGAGGACACUAAAGCCUUCAAUGUAG